CAAUAUGCACUAUAAUGUUGCUAGCUCUUAAUCUUUGUCAGGCAGAAUUAAUUGAGCCUGCUUUGAAGGGAACCCUUAAUGUCCUUGGAUCGUGUGUGAAGGUCCAGUCUAUCAAAAGGGUGGUUAUAACAUCCUCUAUGGCAGCAGUUAGAUUUAAUGGAAAACCUCUUACUGCUGAUGUAAUAAUCAAUGAAUCUUGGUUUUCAGAUCCUGCUUUUUGUGAAAAAGAAAAGCUUUGGUAUAUGCUUUCAAAGACGUUAGCUGAGGAAGCUGCUUGGAAGUUUGCAAAAGAGAAAGGAAUUGAUAUUAUUACAAUAAAUCCGGGAUGGGUGAUCGGCCCUCCCUUACAGCCAACUCUGAACUUAACUGUGGAACUAGUUCUGAAACUCGUAAAUGGGACCGAAAAGUUUCCCAACGACACCUACAGAUUUGUUGAUGUUAGAGAUGUUGCUAAUGCACAUAUUCUAGCCUUUGAAAACCCAUCUGCUAGUGGACGUUAUUGUUUAGUUGGAAGCGUAAAACACCGUUCAGAGGUUGUGAAAAUGUUGCACGAGAUCUUACCUGCUCUCAAUCUUGCUUCCAGAUAAAUGUGAAGAUGACAAGCCUUUCACACCAACUCACCAGACAUACUCCGCUUGAAGUGUCUCUGAAGGAUACUGUUGAAAGUUUGAAGGACAAGAACUUCUUCUAAUUGAGGAACUCAUUCACCAGUCAGGAAACAGUUAAAGAUUGAUAGCACGUGUAUGUCUACCUCUGUUGUUUUAUUGUUUAUGAGAUCAUUGCCUUGUGUGAUUUGUAGCUGGUAGUGAUGGUAUGCACAUAAGCGUACCAUAAUGAUGCUUUGUAUCAUUUGCAAAAACUUCAACUUAUCAGAAAGUAUAUGGGAAUAAUGUGUUGAUUAUAUUCAUCUCUCAA